AAGUCAACCUUGCUUUAUCAGUGGGCAAGAAACCGGUACAUCAGUCAUACGAGCUGGACAAAUAGCUAGCUAUACGAGGCUAACCCAUUUUGACGGACUCAAAUGUUACAUGAGUGACAGCUAGCUAACGCGUUAGCGGCUAGGUGGCUGACAAGCUAGCGAUGAUCGUGGUUUUAUUGUUUGCCCUGUCAAAACCGUUAUUUUUAGCCGGCUAACGUUACCUUUUGCAUAUUCUGUCAAUCAUCGAGAUCAACUCAAAUGGCAGAGAACUGGCAGGACGCGACCUGUCAACAGGUCAAGUUGAUAGCAGGUCGCCUGAAUGAGCUUCUUUCCACUGGCCUAGACCUCUUGCACUCAGAACUCGGGGUGGAUUUUGGAGUGAAGCCCGAGAUUCCGCCAUGGUUGAUCUUCUUAGCAGCGUGCAUUGGGCUCGUGCUAAUGGUGGCUAUGUGGGCCUCCGCAUGUCGCAGGCUCUUCAAGAAGCGACCGACCAUAGUUGAAAUUGAGACCGUUGAAAGCACUAAACCAGCUUCUAUCAAGGUGGCAAAAACAGAGGAACCGAAAAAAGCGAAAAGGAAAACUACAGAAAAGAAAUCACAGCCAAAUGGUAGUGUAGUUGCUGAGCUACAAGAGGACGUCAGAGUGACUGAAGACAACCUGCCAGUAGUGCCACAUCAUUCUCCUCAAAUCAAGACAGAAAAGGCUUCUGAGGUAAAGAAGACCAAGAAGAAGCAGAAACAGGCAGUAAAGGAGGCUAAGACUGCUUCUUCUCAUGGCAAGGAAUCAGAGGAAGUAUCAGGCACCUGGGAGACCAAGAUCAGUAACAAGGAGAAGCGUGAGCAGCGCCGUAAAGACAAGACCUCCGGUGACGGCUCAGGGAGCCCUGGAGGAGUGGAUCCUCUGCCUAGUACUCCUCCCACCGAGUCAACCAAGGCCAGCCCCAAAGCUGCAUCCCCUGGGUCUGUCUCUGAGAAGAAGGAAAAGAAGAAGAAAGGAGAAUCCUCCAAAACCAAAGCUGAGAAAGCAGAUGCUGUCGCUGCUGUUGCUGUAGUCAGACCUCAAGCUAUCAGCAGUGAGGAGGCUCCGGUAGUGACUGAAGAACGGCCUGACCUGGCUGUGACAGCCCAAGAGGCCCCAGCCCUUACCAUUUUUCCUGAUGAGGGGCACUGGACCACUCCUGAGAGCAACCAAGACACCGCUGUCUGGGGGCAGGAGACUGAAGGAGGAUGCACUGUCAAUGAUGCGGGGAUAACAUCAGCUUUUAGACGUGAUUUGUUUUUAGAACCCCAGCUGCUAUGUCCCAGCCCGCCUAAGCCCCAAGUGGAAGACGAGUGGUCUGGUCUGAAUGGUGAUGGGUCUGCUGCUGCAGCAGACGGGUACUCUGACUGGAAUGCCCCAGCGGAGGGGUGGGAGAACUAUGGGGAACUCCCUGCUCCAGUACAGGCUGUCCCCCCUGCCCUCGAGGAGCCCCUGCCAGAGACUGUCAAGCAGGUAUCUGAUGAAGAGAGAGAAAAGGCGGAGCCUGCCGCUGAUGGGACUGGUAAAUUGAAAAAGAAGAAAAAGAAGAAGAAGAAGCAAGCUGAAGAUGCUGUAGUUACUGGCCAGGAGUCAGAGGAGCCAAGUAAAAAGGUUGUUACUGAGGCCAAGGUGAAGAAGCAGCCAAUCAAGGAGCCUGCUGCUCCUACUGUCCAGGCUGUCAACGCUGCUGCUGUGAAGGCAAGAGUGGAGCAACCAGUGGUGGUUCAGAACACAGCCCCCAUCGCACAAGUGCCACCCCAACCCGCAGAGACAAAGCCUACUGCCAAGCAGAACAGUCUACCUGCUCCAACACAUAAAGAGAGCCAGCCUUCCAAACCAGUGAUGAAGAAGAAACGGGCAAGAAGAGAAACAUGAAUUGUAGUCAUGAACAUGAAGUGUUAUGCAAAAUACUUUGGAUAAAACAGCUGUUCAUCCUGUUUGUGCAACAUUUAAAUACUUGCCCUUUUAAAAAAAAAAAUGAAAUAUCAAACUUCUAAGUUCUGACCGGCCAGCUUCAUGUCCAAAAUGCAGCCUGGUCAAGCAGACUGGAUCUAGAUUAACUGCAAAGCUAAAUUCUGCGAUUCUGAUCAAUAUCGUAGUGUGGACACACACAUAUGAAAACUGUUUUCCAAUUCCAAUGAAUCUUUCGAACGAUCAUGUUUGAUGAUUAGACAUCUAGAAAAUGACUAAUAAAUCCUGAUUUAAUAGGGAUUGGGAUGUUGUGGCUUUGAGAUUAAUAUUAUAGAGGAAGGUUCAGCUGAGUCACGUUAACAUUACUGGCCUUUAUUCUGCAGUCUUUGUUUGCUGUUUAUAUCGUUAACCAUAUUGGUGCAGUGACUCAUGCUCAAAAGGUCAAGUCCAACACUAUAGGGUCGUGUUCAAUAGGACACAUGGCAGCAAACCGUUUUGAAAGGGAAAAACUAAAUAAGCGAUUGCUAUCUGACAAGUUCAGGUAGUCCUCCCCGUUUCAGUCCAUGUUGUACUGUUUGGUGCCUAAUGAACACGACCCAAGGGAAUCAUGUUUAGCAUUUGGAUGCAGGUGGUGUUAGUGGUAUCUGCUGUACAUGGAAAAGAGACAUACUUUCAGUUACUUGCUGUUAUUUUGACCAUCAGUGUUGUGCUCAGAUGUGUAGUUGCUUCUACCAUUGAUGGCUGUGUUGUCCUGUCCACCCGUGGUUGAUGAUUCAAAAGUCCUUUACCUUUUGUAACCUCUUUGUAAUAAAAACGCUUCAAGCCAUAUGUAAAAAAUAAUACAAAAUAAAGGCCCUUUUCUAUA